UAGCUAGACUUUGGCAGUUGUUCUGCUUGUGCCCAGCAGCUGACAUAAUUAUACACAAAGUAAAAUAAAAGCUCCAAAACAAUUAUUUGAUUCUUAACGUUAAGAAUUUUAGGGAUUUUCAUUUCCUGUGGUGUGGUAAAGUGCUUGAAAGAUUGGUAAACAAAGAGUAAAUUUUCUAUCCUCAGUAAAGUAAGAAAAAUGAAUUGUGGAAAUUGUUCAAGAGGGUGAAGAUAUGGAUGCUUGGUUUGAUAGUUCAUCUUCAGGAACUUUUAAGGGGACGCAGUUUAUGAAGUAGAAGAACCAAGCAAUAUAACAUUGAGUACUCUAAUCAAUUGUAAUAAAUUAAGUAGGCCUUUAAAUGUCAUUGGUUACAAUACUUUUUCCAUUUUUUAAUUAAAGAAGUAUUUUCCUGGAGUACAAAGUAACCCUUGUUUAAAAUAGCACUCAACCAUAAUAACUGUGUAAAGUUAAUAUAACUUAGAUAUCCAUCAUCCAUGGAGUCCAAGGAGUGGGGAAGCAUGGCACAGCCUCCAACAGCCAUAGAUAAUUUAACUGCGGCUCUCAAAGGAAACAUAAUCCCCAACCAAGAAUAUUUACUUCAAGGCAGUGUCCUGGACUCUGUUGUUGAGGUUCUUCUUCACCGACUUCGUGGGCUUUGUGAUAAUGUUGACGCGGGACCUGAGACAUUCCAAGAUCACGAGAUGUGUUUUAGUCUUCGAGGAACCAAUGCUCAACAACCUGCAAGCCUACUAUUGCGGGUGCGGAGAGCUAUGGACUAUCCAGACAUGCCCUGGCAACUGCGAUAUAUUGGCCAGCCUGAGCUCGGGACAGGAGAUAAGUCACGGCCAACAAUAGUGAGGAACAGCAUUGACAUUGGUACCAGUAACACAGUUGUUGAGUUUCUAACAGAGCUCGGUUGUCGGCUGGACUUCGAAUACGUGGCACGAGGUUAUAUGUUCCGCAAGGGGAGGAUGAAAGUGACAGUUUCAAAGAUUUUCAAAAUGGUUCAACCCAAGACACCUGAUGCUAUGGAGCCCAUAUCUCAGUCAUAUCUGGUAGAGUUAAGUGUGUUGGCUCCACUUGGCCAGGAUGCCAUUGCAGAAGACAUGCGUCUGUUUGCUGAACAGCUACGUCCAUUGGUACAGUUGGAAAAGGUUGAUUACAAGAGACUUCCUUUGCCCAUGGGACCCUAGUUUAAUUGAAUCUGUGAUUUGAAAAAUUAAUAUUAAUAAACAUUUGUAAAAAACCA